AAUGCGCGUACCGAGCAAAAGAAAAUUUAGAACUGUUAAAACCAUUACAGUAUAAAUUCAAAUUAUCUCAUGGAAUCUCAAUUGAAAAGUACUCAACUAAGCUAUCGAUUCAUACUUCAAUAGAGUAUAUGACUAUGCCAUCAACAACGAUCAAACUAAGGCACUCUAAAAACAUUACGAUUCAAGAAGCAUCGCGAAUCGAUGAUAUGAAUAUGCUUUUCCAAGGAAUACAGUUUGAAGAAAAUUCAUUUGAAGACUCUAGAAACUUCGUAGAUCUAUGCGGCAUUUCAAAUAAAACACAGACGAACGCGGUACUUUGUGAAAUAAUCUGUGAAAAAGCUACGAUUGAAUAUGAUAUCGAGAAAUUGAAACCGACUGCAGCAUUGCAUUUAGCUGUCGAAGAAGCAUUAGAAUCUAAUACACCGAUUGAAAAUUUAAAUCUCGUUUUUCAAAAGUUUGGAUAUUUUUUCACUACAAAAGUAAUAAUUGGCGACAAGUUGUCUCGCAGCGUUCGUUUUACUGGGAAAAAAUGUUCAGGUUACCCAGAAUCCAAAUAUAAAAACUUAUUUGGAACUCAUGUUUUUGAUAAAUUUUCUGAAAAAGAGAAAAUCUAUGAACAAUGGAAAGAACAAAUCAAACCGAUCAAUUCUUCCUUUAUGCUGGCGGUUAACGGAGACAUUACUGAGUUAAGUGAUAUUUCGAAAUGGAUUGAAAAUGUCUCGAAUAAAGUAUCAGAUUGGCACAUUAUAAAACGUGUUGUAGUACCGAUCAUUAAAAUUCUUGAUCGCGAACAACAAUUAAAGAUAGAAUAUCUCUUCACAAAAGAAAACCGGGUUCUUAUGAAAAAUGAAACACUGCUUAUUGAUACAUCUAAAGGCUAUUAUCGAUUCUUUUUCGAAAAGCCAUUGAAAAGCUAUAAUUAUCAAAUCUUUGGGAAACUAGUAUCUUUUGAGGGAUCAGAUAUCGAUGUGAAAUUUAGUUUGAAAUCAGAGUCUGGAUUCUCGGUGAAUUGGGACAAAAAAAGAAAGAUAAAUGGGCCGACUAAACUUCAAUGGAUGUUAAUCGGUUGCCCAAGCGAAAUCGGAUAUUACGAUUCUAAAACUCGUGAUAUUUCAGUAAAAACGGGGUUUACCGAAUUAAAACUUGAACUUAGAAAUGAAUCAAAAAAUAAAAAUGGCUCAAAAUUAUGGUCCAAACGUAUUGAUGUCGGAAUCUCUCUUUCGAAACACCAUGCUAUUUCAAUCGAUGUUGAGUGUGCUUCGGCCUCUAAUAGAAUAAUAUUCUUUCAAUCUUUAUAUUCAAUAAUUGUUGAUUCAGUUAUCGAAAUACAAGUUAAAACAAAUGAAGCUGAGAUUCUUGAAUUAUUAAAAAAAGAUAAAGAGUUUUUGGUCAAUAUUCGAUGGUGUGUUGCAUUCGAAGGACCGCUUCACCAAAAGCAAGUACAAACAAGAACACUUCUUAACGAGGAGAUUAAUAUGAACAUUCUUUUGUCCAUGUUUGGAAUUCCUUGUGAUUUAUCCAACGUCAAACAUACUCAAGUUCAAUACAAUAUUGGUAUUUUGAGCUUCUAA